CAAGCUGCUUGUUUACGUCAUCAACAAUCGACACUUGUGCGCUGUUCUUUCAAAAGAACACCGAUCUUACUUAACGUUUUCUGCCAUAAUUUGUCUCGGUUAAAGCUGCAAUAUGGCGGUCAAAUAAAAAGAAGAAGGGAUGAGGGGCUUUUGGCCUACAGAGCUGGUUGCCAGGCUCUGUCAUGGCGAUGAACGGAAUCCUUUCCCGGUGUGGCAGGAUGGACACGUCAGCGUCUGUUUCAACCAGCUGCUUCUUGGAGUCUUACCUCACGUCAUCAUGGCCACUCUCAGCGCCUUCUACCUCGGCAUGGCCACGAGCGCCCCCCUCCCUACGUUCAUCUCCGGCGGCUGGACGUUGCGUCUGGUUUCGACUCUGCUGGCGGCGCUGCUCUUCGCUGCUGAUGUCAUCGUGGCGGGCGUGGCCCAGCAGGCGGACAUGUACCUGGAUGUCCUCGGUGGCAGCAGCAGCGCUCUGGCCUGGCUGGUUCACGUCGGCGCCAUAGCGACGCUCCGGCGGACAGUCACUUUCAGGAGGACACGAGGACCCUCACUGCUGCCUCUGUCAGUCCUUCUCUGUGUGCCAAACAUGGUGGUCACCUUGAUGUUCUACCUUUCCAAAAAGGAGGACUAUCUGACCCCGUCCAAACCAUUCCACUUCACACGUUUGGUGUUGGCUUGCACCCGGAUGCUUCCCAUCCUUCUCUAUCUGCUGGGCGUGGCGUGUCCCUGCAUCCGUGAGACUGCACACACUCUUCACAUCCAAGAUGUGGACAGAUUGCCUCUCAUUCCAGAAGACUCUGAGCUGGACACUGGUGAGAUGGUGGCGGAGGACGGCAGCAGUUGUGUCUCCAGCCUCUUCUACCUAUGGCUGACCCCCCUCCUCAGGCGUGGGCAGAGAGGACAGCUGGACCGACCAUCUGACGUUUAUCACCUCCCCCACAGCCUUCGCACCAGCGUGAUUCGCAGAUGCUUUCACCAGAGCUGGACAGCAUGUCGCAGGGGGGCUGCGGCCAUGCAGGAUCAUUGGCCCCGCCCGGUUCAGAAUGGCAGCGGGGUUCUUCAUUAUCAGGAGGAACCACUGGAGCUGGAAGGCGAUGUGAGCCUGCUCCGGGUUCUGCACACGGCCUUCGGAACGCGCUAUUACGUUCUGGGUUUGCUGAAACUGGUGUUGAACUUGCUGAGGCUCUCUGGGCCGCUCCUCCUCAACAUCCUGGUUAGCUUCAUGGAGGAAGAGGAUGCUCCAGCCAGCAGGGGGGCCUGGUGCGCCGCCGCCCUCAUUGCCAGCACACUCCUGUGCUCCUUCCUCCAGAACAUCUUUGUCUUCAGAAUCUCCAAGGUGGCGCUGUCCGCUCGCGCUGCGCUUGUGUCGGCCAUCUAUAGCAAAUCUCUGCGAGUCGGCGGCGCGGGACUGGCCGGCUUCACCCUUGGGGAGGUGGUGAACCUGAUGAGCACGGACACGGACCGAGUGGUCAAUUUCUUCAACACCUUUCAUGAGCUGUGGAGCCUCCCCUUCCGGCUGGCCAUCACCCUCUACCUGCUCUACCUGCAGGUGGACAUCGCCUUUCUAGGUGGCCUGGGUGUGGCGCUACUGCUGGUCCCCUUCAACAAGUUCCUGGCCUCUCGUAUACUUAGCAACAACCAGGACAUGCUCAGGUACAAGGACAGCCGGGUUAAGCUGAUGACAGAGAUCCUCUUCGGGAUUCGGGUCAUCAAGUUCUACAGCUGGGAGGCUUACUUCACUCAGAAGGUGUCAGAGUGCCGCCAGGGGGAGCUGAGUCAUCUCAAGGCCAUUAAGUACCUGGAUGCCAUGUGUGUGUACACCUGGGCUGCCCUGCCUGUGGUCAUCUCCAUCCUCACCUUCGUCACGUAUGUGCUGCUGGGACACCAGCUGACCGCCGCCAAGGUGUUCACCACGCUUGCUUUGGUGGGAAUGCUGAUCAAUCCGCUCAACGCCUUCCCGUGGGUGCUGAACAGCAUCCUGGAUGCCAAGGUGUCAUUGCAGAGAAUCCAGCGCUUCUUCAAACUGACCAAUCAGGAUCUUCAGGCAUACUAUGCGCUGGUGACACCUGAAGACGACCACACGGUGGUGCUGUUGUGUCAAGCUACGUUCAGCUGGCAUCAGGACACAGAAGAAGAACACAGCACCACUGCUGGUAGUCUGCUGCUGCACAAUCUCAAUCUAAAAAUAAAAAAGGGUUCCCUGACUGUGGUGGUUGGCAAGGUGGGAUGUGGGAAGAGUUCCCUGCUGGCCGCCCUCACAGGAGAACUCAGCAGGCACAGUGGCGUGGUAUACGUUGCAGACCGCGAAUCCGGUUUCGGUCUGGCAUCACAGGAGCCGUGGAUCCAGCACGCAUCUGUGCGGGACAACAUCCUGUUUGGGAAAGAGCACGAUGCGGCUUUCUACCAGGCUGUUAUUGAAGCCUGCGCUUUGUCAGAUGACCUCAGUAUUUUGCAGGACGGCGACCGCACAGAAGUGGGAGAGAACGGCAUCACUCUGAGUGGAGGUCAGAAGGCUCGACUGGCACUUGCCAGAGCUGUUUACAUGGAUAAAGACAUCUACCUCCUGGACGACCCUUUAGCGGCAGUAGACGUGCAUGUGGCCCAGCACCUCAUGCAGAAAUGCAUCAUGGAGCUGCUUGCGGGAAAGACCAGAAUCCUUUGCACGCACCGCAUAGAGCUGGUGGACCAAGCCGACGUGGUGGUCCUCAUGGAUAAUGGGACCAUUAUCAAGACGGGAUCACCAGCGGAGAUCCUUCCUUUGAUAGAAGCUGCGCCAAAGCAACACAAGAAUGAGCAGAACGCCAAAGAAAAAGGUGAAGAGGAGGAGGAAGAAGAAGAACAUCUUUCCUCCAGCCAGCUGUGUGUGGAUGACGGUGACGAUGCCGAUCUUUCAGGGGUGGAGAAGAAGCAGGCCGGCAGCCUGGCGUGGAAAGUCUACCAGACCUACUGGGCUGCAGUGGGCGGAGCCUUGGCCAUGUCCAUUUUGAUGUUUCUGCUGGCCAUGCAAGCCUCCAAGAACGUGUCAGACUGGUGGUUGUCUCACUGGAUCUCUGAGCUGAAGAACACCUCUGGGGUGAACCACUCCUCCUCUAGUGUCCUCACCACGCCUCACCUGCUGCUCUUCUCACCUGCAGGCCUCAUGUCAGCUCUGUGGUUGCCUCAAGCGUCCUCUGCCAACCUGAGCGGCGAAGUCCGGUUUUACCUGACUGUGUACGGCUGCAUCGCUGCGGCUAACACAGUCUUCACUGCCCUCAGAGCCUUCCUCUUCGCUUACGGCGCCAUCAGUGCCGCCACCGUCAUCCACAAUAGACUCCUUGACCGAGUUCUCAAGGCUACAGUGACCUUCUUUGACACCACGCCGCUGGGUCGCAUCCUCAACCGCUUCUCCUCGGACCUGUACAGCGUGGACGACAGUCUGCCCUUCAUCCUGAACAUCCUGCUGGCCAACGUCUUCGGCCUGCUGGGCAUGCUGGUGAUGAUGACCUACGGGCUGCCGUGGCUCCUACUGGCCCUGCUUCCUCUGGCGCUGCUGUACCACCGCACGCAGCUCUUCUACCGGCACACCUCCAGGGAGCUGAAGCGCCUGUGCAGCAUCACGCUUUCGCCCGUCUACUCGCACUUCACGGAGACAUUGAGCGGCCUCAGCACCAUCCGGGCCAGCCGCAGCUGCGCCAGGUUUGAAGAGGAGAGCCUCCACCGGUUGGAACAGAACCAACGCUGCGUGUUCCUCAGCAAAGCCGCCAUGCAGUGGCUGGACAUCCGCCUGCAGCUGAUUGGCGUUGCCGUGGUGACGUGCCUCAGUGUCAUUGCUGUCAUUCAGCACCAGUUUAAUGCUGGGGAGCCAGGCCUCGUGGGUCUGUCUCUGUCCUACGCUCUGUCCAUCACCGCCCUGCUGUCUGGCCUCAUCUUCAGUUUCACUCAGACUGAGAUGCAGCUGGUGAGCGUGGAGCGAGCUGAAGAGUAUUCCAGCGAGCUUCCAUCGGAACCUCAGCAGCAGAACACGCAAUUGGCGCCAUCGUGGCCAGAACUGGGUCGCGUGGAGUUCCGCCAUGUGGUUUUGGUGUACAGGGAGGGUCUUCCCAACGCCUUGGAUGGUGUGAGUCUACUGGUGCGACCCAGUGAGAAAGUGGGCAUCGUGGGUCGUACGGGUUCUGGAAAGUCCACUUUAUUUCUGGCCCUGUUCCGCAUGGUGGAGGUCAGUCAGGGUCAAAUUCUCCUGGAUGGGCGGGACAUCAGCAGUGUGGGUGUGGCUCAGCUCAGGUCAAGGCUGGCCAUCAUUCCUCAAGACCCUUUUCUGUUCAGCGGGACCAUCAGAGAGAAUCUGGACCCCUGUAGGCAACACCAGGACCAGCAACUCCUGGAGGUCUUGGACCAGUGUCACCUCACAACAUUGGUCAACAGGAUGGGUGGUCUGGAUGCAAAGGUGGAGGACAGAGGCAAGUCCUUCUCAGUGGGACAGAGACAGCUGCUGUGUUUGUCCAGAGCACUGCUGACUCAGGCCAAGGUCCUGUGUGUGGAUGAAGCCACGGCCAGCGUGGACCAAAAGACGGACCAACUGUUGCAGAAGACCAUCAGAGAGAGAUUCCAGGACAAGACUGUCCUCACCAUCGCACACAGGUUGAACACCAUCAUGGAUUGUGAGCGUGUGCUGGUGAUGCAUGCUGGGAAGGUAGUGGACUUUGACACCCCAGCAGCUCUUUGCCAGAAGGAAGACUCCAUCUUUGGCCGGUUCCUCAGUGAGGUGACAAAGUGACAACAAAGACUCUAACAGGAAGGAGACAAUCUUCCUUUUUUUUUAUAACCUUUUUUUUUUUAAUCUCUAAAUCUUUCUGAUUAUGUUGGACAGUGAAUGCGGCAAAAUGUUUUGUCCGCUUUUACUGUGAGUACUUCCUACUUGAUGAACAUUAAGCCUUCAGUGUUCUACCACCAGGUGAACAUGAAACUGACAUGUUCAGCAGAACGCUGCUACUGCACAUGUGCAGGUGCUUUUGUUUUGGGCCGUCAUCGAGAUGCUGAAACGCUGAUGACUUCCUGUCGCAACCACAAAGUACAAAGAAGGAGUGGUUUGCCACUUCUUGUUAGUGGAGAAAAAGUAUUUCACUGUGGUGACUUGUGAGUGCAGCGAACAUUAGAAUGUACAUAGGAAGCCAAACAUCUAUUGUAAGGAAGGUUAAAUGUUUUCCAGCAAGGGCCACAUAGUGAAAAAUGGAAGGAUUCAAGGGCCACUUUGAUAUUUUGUAGAGGAACACAUGUAGAUACGCUAGGAAGUUUUAUACUGUAUAUUUCGAGAAAGAAAUGCAUCUCAGCUUUGUGAUAUUGGUGAAAAAGCCUAUUAUUAGUAUCAACUUUACUCCCAUUUUUACGGUGGGUUUUUCAUCCAUUUUCCAAAUAUUUCCCAUUUCCUCCAGUACAUUUUUUUCUCGUAAUUCUGACUUCAUUUUGACUUUAUUCUCUGACUUUCUAAAUUUCCAAAAAUGACUUUAUUCAUUGUGUUUGUUUCUCAUAUUACACUUCUAAGAAAAUAUUGUUCUUUUUUCUUUGCUAUUUCAACUCUAUGCUACUAAAAUUAUGUUAUUCAUCCUCAUAUUACGAGUUUAUUCUCAUAAAACUGACUUUUUCUUGUUAGAAUAUGACUUUUUUUUCCUCUUAAUGUUUCAACUUUUGUCCUCAAAAAACGACUGCUGUUUUUUCCGGUUUUGCUUUUUUCAUUUUCCAGCUAUUUCAACUUUCUUCCUGUAAAUUUUCUUCUUAUAAUUAUGACUGUAUUCCCAUAAUAGUUUGACUUUAUUAUAAAAUUACUGCUGAUUUUGCGGGUUUUUUACAUUUUUUUGUGUUUUUAGUUUUCCUGUAAAGCUAUACUUUUAGAAAGUGCUGCGGGGCAAUGAAAAAAACAGUCGUGGGCCGCAAAUCGCCAUCCAUCCAUCCAUCUUCUAUGCCUAUUAACCUCACUAUGGUCACAGAGGUAUGCUGGAGCCUAUCUCAGCUGAUUUCGGGUGAGAGGUGGGGUACAUCCUGGACUGGUCACCAGCCAAUCGCUGGGCUGGCAUUGUGACUCAAACGAUAUUUAAUUCAUUGGCUCUUUUUAGAAGAUCAGCUCCAUCUGCUGGAUCUGGUGGGUCACUGCCCUGUGCGGCAAGUAACGUUAGUGUAAUCCUACUAACCAUACAGUAUGUGUCCUACGAUCACAUAGAGUGGUACCUCAUUGUUCCACAACAGGGGUGCUGAAAAUGAAAAUGACCAAAAUACCAAAGCUCUACCUCCUACUAUAAAUAUAGAAAAUCGAUAUAUUUACAAUAAAUAUGAGUAUUUAGAUCCAUUGUACAGGAGAUGUAUAUCAGGGGUGCACACACUUUUUCACAUGCAAGUUACAAGUCCACAUGAGCUAUCUCUUACUAUAAAACAUAUACUGUAUAUAUAAAAUCUAACCGCUAAACUAAUGAUUAGUAUUUCACAUUCAGUUUCAAAGUUUACAGGUCAUCAAAGCAGUUAUCAUUCACAAAUAAUUCAAUUCAAAAUGGCAAUAAAGAUAAUGACACACAAUUCCUCAAUAGUUGUGUACAUAACCUGAGUAGUAUGUCAGUCAAAAUAGCCACGUAGCGUUCAUUAGGACACACAGUUCAUGUAUUAGCCACUUAGCAUUUGCUAUCAAACAAUACCGAUAUACAAGAAAUGAAAAUGAUUAUGCAAAAGUCAAUACAGCCAAAGUCAAGGCAACAUAUUGAAAAUAUUUCAGCAAUAGACACAUUUUCCAAUUCAUCAUGAAGUAAUAGUCUAACAAACAGAAGUGUAGAAAAUACACAUUUCUGUAGUGGAGUUCAUGACGGGAAGCAAAGCCAUUCACUUUUUUUUCUACAUAACUAGCCGCUACAAGUGAACGGAUAACUUUUGUUGUAGAUAUAGACCUCUUACUGCUGAGUUAGUCUGUGUUUAAUGGGAAUAAUAAAGGUGAAAGUUGGAUAGCCUGUGGCCAUCUUGAGUCCCUCCAGCAUAAGGGUUGCACAAUGUGUUACAAACAAUGAAUAAUAGAAGCAUAAAGGUGACUAAAGGGGUGUUAUACCAUGUCUACAGGGCUCUAAUAAUGUUAAAAAACGUAUUUAAAAAGUCAUAAACAGGUUUUCUAUGCCCUAACUCUGCAACCAAUUAACUAGUGCAAACGAGGAUAAAAUUAGAUUGUGGCAAAAAUUCUAAUGGAAAAGGUUCUAAUUUUACGAGAAUAAAGUCAAAGUAUUAUUGGAGUAAAGGCAUCAUUACAAGAAGAACAUUUACAAGGAGAAAGUUGGAAGUAGUUGUAAAAUAAAUGAAAAAAAGCUGAAAUUUUAUGAGAAUAAAAUCAUAAUAUUACGAGAAGAGCAUUGACAAAGAUUAUUUAAGAAAUUUGAAAUACUUGGAAAAUAGUAAUAAUGCACUUUUUCACAACUUCUUAGUGUGUUUAUACAAGUACUUUACAAAAUAGUGGCUCUUGCAUCCUUUCAUUUUUCACUAUGUGGCCCUCGCUGGAAAAACUUGUGUUCUAGAUGGAGUGUAGUUUAAAAAAAAAAAAAGGUGCAAGAACAACUUGUUAUUUUGUACACAAGACGCUUCUUUGCCUGACGUCAUGUUUAGAAUAAACGUCUUCCAAUGAAGUCAUGUUUGUCUUUCUACUUUGUCGCAGGGGUGAAGGCGACACUGGAGCUCCAGUGGAUGCAGACAUGGGGUUGUUGGGAUUGUUGGGAUUGUUGGGAGUGUGUGCUGCACCUUUAAGGGCGUCUUCUUCUAUAAGCACUGCUUGUUCUCUGUGCAUCCAACAGCUCAUAAUGGCAGUGACUCAGUGUCAAUGCCUGCCGACAGUCGGGGUGUGGCGGUUUCUCUCACACACACACACACACACACGUUGUACUCAACGUCACCUGUGUGUGUGCGUGGUUCUCUUGUCAGCUGACAUGAA